AUGGGUCUUCUUGUGUAUGUCGACGAUAUCAUAUUAGCUGGGAAUAAUUAUGAUGAAUGUGCAACUUUCAAACGCUACUUACAUAAGUGUUUUCAUAUCAAGGAUUUGGGUUCUUUAAAAAAAUUUCUUGGCAUUGAGGUUGCUCGGUCGCAGAUUGGCAUCUCCUUGUGUCAAAGGAAACAUGCCUUGGAGAUUCUUGCUGAGACAGGCUUACUUGAAAUUAAGCUGGUCGAGACACCUAUGGAGCAGGGCCACAAGCUUGCUCUAGUCAAGGGGGAGGAAACAGACGAUGCAAGCUAUCGACGACUUGUAGGUCGCUUGAUCUAUUUAACCAUCACACGUCCAGAGAUUUCGUAUGCAGUUCAUGUUCUUUCCCAAUUUGCUCAAGCACCUCGCAAAGAGCACUUUGAGGCAACAAUGCGAGUUGUGAGAUACAUCAAGGGAAGUCCAAGCCAAGGGAUUCUUCUGUUGGCCUUCUUGUUUUGA